AUGAUCGUCCUCAUGCGAAGAAGAAGAAGACUCGGGAUUCAUGUGUUGCUUGGCAGCAUUCAUCUGUUGGACUGGCGGAGGAUCUAUGACAGUGGCUUCAGACGAGAUGGCUUCCGAAAGAUGGUGCCUCAUCUCCCUAUGCUCCUGGCAUAUGGCACACCAGUGGAGGCAACAAUGCACCAUGCAUGGAUCGCAAGUAUAGAUGCCGCAAACCCACCAUGCGAACAACAAACCUUCAGUAAGAAGGCAGGCUGUGUCGGGAUCUAUACCAUGAGAUGCAGCUGUCAAUGUGGCAAGGGCAAUUCCUCCCUCGACACAUAUUGCGUGACCAAUGCAUGCGCUUUGCUGAGUUAUGUCUUCGUUGCCACAUUGCGCCCGAAUAGCACACAAGGGCAAAACAGUCCAGUUAUGCCUGGAAUAUGUGAGAAA